AAAAAAUAUUUUCUCGUAUUUACUUGCUAGCAGGCAAAAUUAUAAUGCCUGUAAAAUACUGUAAAGGAUCGAAAUGAAACAAAAGUAGAUGAAAAAAUACCGUGCCAUAAUUUUCACAUUGGUUUGAAAAGAAACCUUGAUGCUGUCUCUCUAAGAUAUUUUGAAUAAGACACUGCACGUAACAUUUCCACAGUGAUCCAAUUUUUUCGUUUGUAUUUUGAGUUCAUUUGGUGAACUUGUCCUAUAAACUUACUGUUCUCAAGCUCCAAAAAGCAUGGCUGAUUUUCUUGAAAGUGAAGCUGAAGAAUCAGAAGAUGAAAUUAUUAAUCGAAAAAGAAAAAUAUCUGAUGAUGAAGAAGAUGAGGAUGAAGAAGAAGAUGAUGAUGAAAAAUUAAGAGAAGAAAUGAAAGACUUAAUCAAUGACGAAGAAGAGGAAGAAGAGAAAGAUUCAGAUGAAGAGAUAGUUCGAAAAAAGAAAAAACGUCAUGAAGAACUUGAUGAUGAGUUUGAGGAUGAUGACUAUGAUUUGAUUGAAGAAAAUUUAGGUGUUAAAGUUCAGCGAAAGAAAAAAUUCAAGCGUCUUAAACGAAUUGAAGAUGAAGAAAGUGAUGAUGAGGCUGAAGAUAGUGGAAAAGGUGUUGAUGACAGGGAAGCAAUUGCAAAUGAAUUGUUUGAAGGUGAUGAUGUUGAAGGGGAUGAAACUUCUCGUCCGGCCGUUGAAGACACACUUGGAGCUUUGGAAGAAUCUGAAGGAGAAUCAGAUGAAUCUGAUUUUAUUGUGGACGACGAUGGACAGCCAAUUACAAAAGGGAAAAAGAAAAGACACAUUAAAUAUACUGAUGCAGCUCUACAAGAAGCCCAAGAAAUUUUUGGUGUGGACUUUGAUUAUAAUGAUUUUGUGCAAGAAGGCGAUGAGUACGAAGAAGAAGAAAUGGAAGAAGAGUAUGAGGAUGAAGAAGAGGAGGAAGGUGUUGAAAGACCAAAAGCAAAGAAACAGUCUAGGAAAAAGAUUUCAAAAAAGAGUAUUUUUGAUGUUUAUGAACCUGUUGAACUGGAAAGAAGUCAUCUGACAGAUGCUGAUGUAGUUAUAAGAGCUGCAGAUAUACCUGAAAGAUUUCAACUUCGAAAUGUUCCCGUCACUGAAGCUGAAGAUGACGAAAUAGAAGAGGAAGCCGAGUGGAUAUAUAAGCAGGCAUUUAGUAUGCCUACUAUUUCCAUUCAAGAAGGUGAACAUUCUGGUAGUGGCCAUCAGCCAAUCGCUGGUCGUAAAAAUGUCAGCGCUGUUGGAAAAAUCAGAGAAGCUUUAAAAUUCAUUCGAAAUCAAAAUUUUGAGGUGCCAUUUAUAGCAUUUUACAGAAAGGAAUAUGUAGAACCAGAUUUGAACAUAAAUGAUCUAUGGACAGUGUACAAAUGGGAUGAAAAGUGGUGCCAAUUGAGAUCUAGGAAACAGAACUUACAACGACUCUUCGAAAGAAUGCAGCAAUAUCAGUGUGAUGUUGUGAUGGCGGAUCCUGAUAAGCCUAUAGCAGAAGACCUGAGAGCUUUAGACGCUGGAGACAUUUAUAGGUUAAAGAAAGCACAGAAUGUAGAAGAAGUUCAAGAUUGCUAUUUGCAUUUUAUGUUAUAUUAUGGGCAUGAUGUUCCUCUUAUGAAGGAACAUUUUAAGAAGAAGGAACAAAAGGAAAGAGACUUAAAUUGUGAAAAUGCUGAAAAUGAAGGCGCUGACGCUGAUCAAGAACAAGAAAGUUCUAAAAUUAAACAUGUACCGCACAAGAAUUCAUAUGUGGUUUGCAAAGAAUGUGGCAUUGAUGGUUUAGCUAAAAAAUUUGGUCUUACUCCAGAACAGUUUGGUGAAAAUUUACGUGACAAUUACCAAAGACAUGAAGUUGAGCAGUAUCCAAUUGAACCCAAGGAAGUAGCUUCAGACUAUGUUAGCAAGCGUUUCCCAACAAGUGAGGAUUGCUUAUCUGCUGCAAAAUUUAUGGUAGCUACUCAAAUUUCAAGAGAACCUGCUGUAAGGCAGUGUGUCCGCCAAACGUAUUUUGAACGAGCCAAGAUUUGUGUGGCGCCAACUAAAAAAGGAGUAAAGGAAAUUGAUGAAAAUCAUCCAUGUUACAGUAUGAAAUAUUUGAAAAAUAAACCUGUGAAGGAUUUGAGAGGAGACCAAUUUUUGAAGCUCUCAAUAGCUGAAAGAGAUGGAUUUCUCAAGAUCUCAGUAUCAAUGGAUAAACACACGGAAUCUGAUGGACAUCAUCAAUAUCUUGAAGAAAUAAAGCAACUCUACGAACGUGAUGAAUUCAGCAAAAAUGUUCAAGAAUGGAAUGUGCAGCGACAGAAAGCCUUAGAAAUUGCAUUGACCAAAAUUUUGUAUCCAACUUUUCAAAAAGAACUUAAACUACGCCUUUUAAGUGAAUCUAAAGAAGGUGUUGUUAAGGCAUGUUGUAGAAAACUGUACAACUGGUUGAAAGUUGCUCCGUACCAAGUUGAUGGGCAAGUUGAGGAAGAUGAAGAUUUUGAUACGAGAGAGGGUGUUAGAAUUUUAGCUAUUGCUUACUCCCCUGAUAGAGAAAUACCCGCAUUUUGUGCAAUGAUUGAUGGCAAUGGUGAAGUACUGGAAUAUCUUCGUUUGCCAUAUUUGCUGAAUCGAAAGAAUUCGUUUAGAGAAAAAGAUAGGGUUUUAAAAGAAAAAGAUUUAAACUCAUUAAAGGGUUUAAUUUCUUCCAAAAAACCUCAUGUUGUUGCUGUUGCUUCGGAAUCAAGGGAUGCCAUAAUGAUCUGUGAGGAUGUCAGAGGUGUUAUCAAUGAGUUGAUGGAAAGUGAGCAAUUUCCUCCCAUUUCUGUUGAAUUAGUGGAUAAUGAGCUUGGAAUACUUUAUAUGAAUUCCAAUAAAGGAGAAAAUGAUUUUCGAGACUACCCUCCUCUCCUACGCCAAGCUGUUUCUAUUGCAAGACGUUUACAAGAUCCAUUGAUGGAGUUCUCUCAAUUGUGUACCCCCGAUGAAGAAAUAUUAUGUCUGAAAUACCAUCCUUUACAGGAGGAAUUAAAUAAAGAAGAACUCUUGAAUGCUCUCUAUUUGGAAUUUGUUAAUCGAACAAAUGAAGUUGGAGUCGACUUCAAUCGAGCCAUCCAAUUUAGCCACACUUCAAAUUUAGUACAAUUUAUUUGUGGACUUGGUCCUCGGAAAGCUGCUUAUUUUCUGAAGACUUUAAAGACAGCCAAUGAACAGUUAGAAAGCCGAGCAAAACUAAUCAAUUUUUGUAAAGUGGGCCCAAAAAUUUUCAUCAACUGUGCUGGUUUCAUUAAAAUUGACACUUCUUCCUUAGUAGACAGUACUGAAACUUACCUUGAAGUACUAGAUGGCUCCAGAGUUCAUCCAGAAGCUUAUGAAUGGGCUCGAAAAAUGGCAGUAGAUGCUUUAGAGUAUGACGAUACAUCUGAUGAUGUUAACCCAGCUGGUGCAUUAGAAGAAAUUUUAGAAAACCCUGAAAAAUUAAAAGAUUUAGAUUUAGAUGCAUUUGCUGAAGAGCUUGAAAGACAAGGUUAUGGAAAUAAAAGUAUUACACUGUAUGAUAUAAGAGCUGAAUUGAAUCAUAAGUACAAAGACUUAAGAACUCCUUACAGGUCACCAAAUGCUGAAGAAAUUUUCAACAUGUUGACUAAGGAAAUUCCAGAAACAUUUUACAUUGGAAAGCUGGUUCUUGUUAGAGUUCAAAAUUUUGCCAGAAGAAAGCCUAAAAAUGACCAAUUAGAGAAUGCAAAUCCUAUUAGAAAUGAUGAAACUGGGCUUUGGCAAUGUCCAUUCUGUUUGAAAAAUAAUUUUCCAGAGCUAAGUGAUGUUUGGAGUCAUUUUGAUGAUGCUAGCUGUCCUGGACAAGCAAUGGGUGUACGAGUCAGAAUGGACAAUGGAAUUUCUGGCUUUAUUCCUACGAAAUUCAUAAGUGAUAAGCAUGUAGUAAAUCCAGAAGAUAGAGUACAGCAAGGAAUGACUCUUCAUGCAAGAAUAACUAAAAUUGACAUAGAAAGAUUUGCUGUUGAUCUAACUUGCCGUUCUUCAGAUUUAAUCGAUAAAAAUAAUGAAUGGAGGCCACCAAAAGAUUUGUAUUAUGAUCAUGAAGCUGAAGAUAAGGAUCAUAAAACAGCUGAAGAUGUUGCAAAAAAGCAAAAUAGACAAGUUUACUUAAAGAGAGUUAUAGUUCACCCAGCAUUUAAAAAUGUUAGUUUCAAAGAAGCUGAAAAAUUUCUUGACACCAUGGAUCAGGGUGAUGUCAUUAUUAGACCUAGUAGUAAGGGAAACAACCACUUAACUGUUACUUGGAAAGUUACAGAUGGUAUACAUCAGCAUAUUGAUGUCAGAGAAGAAGGAAAAGAAAAUGAAUUUAGUUUAGGUCAUUCAUUAAUUAUUGGUAAUGAGUCGUUUGAAGAUCUUGAUGAAAUAAUUGCAAGGCAUGUUCAACCCUUAUCCAGCUAUGCACGUGACCUUUUAAAUUUUAGGUAUUAUGUUUAUGCUGAUGGUGGUAAAAAGGAAGAAAUGGAAAAAAUUUUAUUCGAAGAAAAGAAAAAGGCAACAAACAAAAUACAUUACUAUGUAUCAGCAUGUAAACAGUUCCCUGGAAAAUUUCUCCUAUCAUAUUUACCUAGAAAUAAGGUUCGACAUGAAUUCAUCACCAUUACUCCUGAUGGAUUCAGGUAUAGGAACCACACAUUUCGUUCAGUAAAUUCUUUGUUUCGCUGGUUCAAAGAACAUUUUAGGGAUCCAAUACCUGGAACCCCGACAGCCCUUUCAGUGCGGACACCUAUGGGUCAAUCUUCUUAUAUUGGAAACACUCCAAGCAUUAAUCUUGCUAAUCUUGAUCCCCAAGCCAUUCAAAGAGCUGCUGCUAGUAUGCCAAGUCAUAUGUUUAAUACAUUGUCUCAAGUAGCUGGUCAAACACCUGCACCAUAUCAGGGCGCUAAUUAUGCUGCUGGUUAUAGUGGUGGUUCAUAUUAUCAAGCGGCUUACACUCCAUCGCAGCCUGUUGCUACACCUUUAGUUACACCUUCGUAUCAUGCAGUUCCAACUCCAGCUCAUUCUCAAGUACCUACACCAAGGUAUUCACAAACACCGCAACAAAACAAUUGGAUACCUCCUGCUGGUCGAACUCCAUCAAGAUCUACGCCUAGAACUGCUCCUAAUCCAUCAGUAACAGACUGGAAACGUAUGGCUGAACUGUGGGUUAAAGAAAGGCAAGAAACUAUAGGUCCUGUUCAAAUGUCAACUCCAAGAACACCAUUAAAUCGAGGGUCACCUAGUCCUAUGAUAGAGUCGACGCCUGCUGAUGCUACACCACUCAUUGAUGAGUUUUAAGAUUUUUU